AUGUCUAGCAGAGAUCGGCAAUUUUUGCGCAUAGUCCAGGAUGUUAGGCCUACAUCGAACGUACUAUCGGGGAACCCUCGAUUCCUGGAGGAUUUCCGGGACAUCACCCGAGUGCUGGGCAGGGAAUACUUUGAUAUCGAUCUAACCCAGGUUCUAGAAGCGCCAAAUGCAGAUGAUCUGCUACUCGAUUUGGCAAUCACCAUUUCUCGCCGCGGGUUGGUCGUUUUCCGAAAUCAGAAGAACUUAACUCCUGCCCAGCAAAAGUACUUUACCAACCAUCUCGGUCAACUCACUGGCAAUCCCGACACCUCGGGCGUGCAUGUCCACCCAAUAAACCACACCGUGCAUAAGGCGGGCGAAAAGCCCGACCUAGAAAUGUCCACGAUUGCGCGAAACCCCAACCAUAUGCUCUCGAAACAGACGGGUGUAACGGGCGGAAAGAAGCAACUGAAGAAGCAGAGCGUGGCGGGCGGCUGGCAUUCAGACAUUGCCUUUGAGCGUGUCACUUCGGACUACACCACCCUUAUCAACAGAGUCCAACCAUCCACCGACGGUGACACUAUCUUUGCGAGCGCGUACGAGGUCUACGACCGCAUCGGCCUGUCCAUGCGCGCCUUUCUCGAAACCCUAACCGGCACAUUCUCGCCCGUGGGAUGCAAUCCUAACCCGGAGCACACGCACCUACACCAGGUAGCACGUGGAUACCCACUGAACGGCUUAAUCUGUGAAGAAGCAACUCCAAACCAAGCUGUUGGUUCAACUCGUGUACUUGUGGUUUAUGAUUCGUGUAUGCAUCUUGUCUCUCGCGGUCGAGGCUGA